CGCGCGCCGAGGUGACCGGUAGUGUGACUCGUCGCAGGAUUUCGAAGUUCUCGAGAAUAACAUCAUGCCGCUCUCUAAAGAAGAAAAAUUGAAAAAAAGAAGAGAAGCAGCAAGAAGGAGAAUGAAUCAAAUAAAAAAUGAUCCAGACUUAUAUGCUCAAUGGCAACAAAAACAGCAUGAAAGAUACGAAACGAAGAAAAAACGCGGUAAAAUAUUACCUAUCAGCCAAUUACCACCAAAACUUCAAAAACUAAAAAGAAAUAAAAGUAGGGAAAGUUCAAAUAGAUACAACAGAAAGAAAAAAGUACAAGCUAUAACCAAGCUCAACAAUGAACGACAGAUGGAUAUUGAUAUUUCUCCUAACUCUAGUGAUAAUGAGGAUCCUUUAUCACUUUCUCCUGAUAAUGUGGCUGCGUCUAAUCCCAAACCAUCACCAAAGUCAAAAAGCGUCACAGAUACACCGCAGCGCAAAACAAGAUCAAAGAAAAAUAAAUUACACCAGGAUAAACGAGACAAUGAAAAUGCUGACAUCUACAGACCAGUAACUAGUUUACCUAUAGCAUCAAACACUACAAAAAAAUAUCCUGAGGCUUCUACUAGCACGCCUAGACAAGUUCCACCAUUAUUGAAGAUAAACAAACACAAGACCCCCAAAAAAUCCGUGAUCCAUUGAAUUCAGCAACACUAGCAUCUUAAAGUCAGUUAUUAAUGAAAUUAAUAAGAUAAAAUUUUAUGUAUUAAAUAGGGGGUGUUAUAACACUUUAAACUUAUUAUAAAUAUUCAUGUAUGAUUUGUGGCAAGCCAGUUUACAAAUAGACGUAAAUAGCAAACAGACCUUGUUUCAUUUUAUCAUUCGCGACUGUUCGGAAUCACCACACCAAGCAGCAGCGAUCAGUCUUUUAUUUCAUCACCGGCAAGAAUCCUGAGUCCAAAAGCUGCAUCUAAACGAAAAAUUAAAAAAAUAGAUCUCCUUGAAAAUAACUUUUAAAGGAUCACAAAUACAGAGCCAAUAAAGAAUUACAAAUAAAUGAACGUCAAAUAAUGAACUGAAAAAACUAAACGAAUACUAGGUACAUGAAAUAAAAAGACUCCAGAAAGAUAAAAAGGAAUAUUUAAAUAUUAUGAUGCGUAAAAUUGCAGAAAAACAUAAAAAAUAUAACUGAACACAAACAACAACGACGAUACUACAAACCUCGAUACAAUAAUUUUAUGAAGAAGAUGAGAAUAGCAUACAGGGCCCAUAAUGCCUGGAAAGAAUAAAGCUCGCAAGGCUUAAAGACCAGAGAUGGACCAUAAAAGCGACCUUCUGGAUAAGACCUCAAAGUAAAAGGAACAGGGGAAGACCCUGACACGCUUGGACGACGAGAUCAAAAGGACAGCCUGCCCUCACCUCGGCGCAACACCCUGC